GACCUCUCGUCCUCGUUUAUUAUCGCAUAAUUCUCCCAGGGAAUAUGAUUUAGGUCAAGCUCGGACUCACAUCGGUCGGCUAUAUAAAUAUCGCCACUGGAAAUGCAGCUGAGUACCGCCUCACAAUUCCCUCGGAAUGCUUACUACAAUGAAAUGAAAUAGUAGUAGGUGUCUUGUUACCCUUCUGAAGUGCUUCGGCUUCGGCUGUCAAAUGUUGACAAGAACAAGGUAUAAGUUCCAACCUGCGCCCUCCCGCGCCAGGCCUGACCGCAACCGCACGAAGCCUCCACGCCUUGAAACUUCACCGGCAUCUCCCACGCCAGUGCAAAUGCUGGAGUGCUUAUUUAGCCUUAUUCUACUUGGUAUAAACCACAUCAGAUGGAAGGUUGUUUAAGAAGAAUGCAAGUGAAGUCGAUCACAAUAAACACAGACAUAAGAAAAUUUUAUUUCCAACUAAAUCAAGGAGACAUGUCUCUAUGUCC